CGCCUGCGCGAGAGGCCAGUUGGUUGCCAAUGCUCCCUGGACUCCCCGCCAGGGCCCUGCUGUCAGUGCGCCUGCGCGCGGGCUGGGCGCCGCGGUUCUUGACUUUGCUGUGCCGGACGCCGGGUGUAGACAUGCAGCAAGCCGACUCCGAGCAGCCCUCCAAGCGGCCCCGUUGCGAUGACAGCCCGAGAACCCCCCCAAACACCCCUUCUGCAGAGGCAGACAGGUCCUUGGGCCCGGAACUCCAUCCCGACCACAAGACGUGGGGCCCGGAGCAGGUGUGCUCCUUCCUCAGGCGCGGUGGCUUCAAAGAGCCGGAGCUGAUGAAGAACAUCCGAGAAAAUAAAAUCACAGGCUCAUUACUGCCCUGUCUUGAUGAGUCUCAUUUUGAAAAUCUUGGAGUAAGUUCCUUGUGGGAGAGGAAGAGGCUGCUUAGUUAUAUCCAGCGAAUGAGUCAAAUCCACAUUGAUACAAUGAAGGUAAUUAAUGAUCCUAUCCAUGGCCACAUUGAGCUCCACCCUCUCCUCAUCCGAAUCAUUGAUACGCCUCAAUUUCAACGUCUUCGAUAUAUCAAACAGCUGGGAGGCGGUUAUUAUGUUUUUCCAGGAGCUUCACACAAUCGAUUUGAGCAUAGUCUAGGGGUUGGGUAUUUGGCAGGAUGUCUAGUUCGAGCACUGUGUGAAAAACAACCAGAGCUACAGAUAAGUGAACGAGAUAUGCUCUGUGUUCAGAUUGCUGGGCUUUGUCAUGAUCUUGGUCAUGGGCCAUUUUCUCACAUGUUUGAUGGACGAUUUAUUCCACUUGCUCGCCCGGAGGUGAAAUGGACACAUGAACAAGGCUCAGUUAAGAUGUUUGAGCACCUAAUUAAUUCUAAUGGACUCAAGGCUGUCAUGGAAAGCUAUGGUCUCAUCCCUGAAGAAGAUAUUUGCUUUAUUAAGGAACAAAUUGCAGGACCACUUGAAUCACCUAUCAAAAAAGAUUCUUUGUGGCCAUAUAAAGGGCGUCCUAAAGAGAAAAGCUUCCUUUAUGAGAUAGUGGCUAAUAAAAGAAAUGGCAUUGAUGUGGACAAGUGGGAUUAUUUUGCCAGGGACUGCCAUCAUCUUGGAAUCCAAAAUAAUUUUGAUUACAAGCGUUUUAUUAAGUUUGCCCGUGUCUGUGAAGUAGAAAGCAAGUUGCAUAUUUGUACUAGAGAUAAGGAAGUUGGAAAUCUGUAUGACAUGUUCCACACUCGCAACUGUUUACACCGUAGAGCUUAUCAACACAAAGUUGGCAACAUCAUUGAUACAAUGAUUACAGAUGCAUUCCUCAAAGCAGACCCCUACAUAGAGAUCACAGGUACUGAAGGAAAGAAGUAUAGCAUUUCUACAGCAAUUGAUGACAUGGAAGCCUACACUAAGCUGACAGAUAACAUUUUUCUGGAGAUUUUAUACUCUACUGAUCCCAAAUUGAAGGCGGCACAAGAGAUUUUAAAAAGUAUUGAAUACCGUAAUUUAUACAAGUAUGUGGGUGAGACCCAGCCAACAGGACAAAUAAAGAUUAAAAGGGAGAGCUAUGAAUGUCUUCCAAAAGAGGUUGCUGAUGCUAAACCCAAAGUACCGCUAGAAGUAAAGCUGAAGGCUGAACAUUUUAUAGUGGAUGUUAUCAACAUGGAUUAUGGAAUGCAAGACAAGAAUCCAAUUGAUCAUGUUCGAUUCUAUUGUAAGAGUGACCCCAGCAAAGCAAUAAUGAUUACUAAAAACCAGGUUUCACGACUUCUGCCAGAGAGAUUUGCAGAGCAGCUGAUUCGAGUAUACUGUAAGAAGACAGAUGCGAAGAGUUUGUAUGCUGCACAACAACAUUUUGUUCAAUGGUGUUCCGACAAAAAUUUCACCAAGCCGCAGUCUCCCACCAGCGCCUCCCAUUGACCAAACCUAACUGGAAACCAACAGGCAUGGGAACUGAAAAAUGUAAUUUACCGGAGUAGCUCCUAUGAAACAGAGUAGGGAGAGGAGGAGUGAAGAAUGGGUCUGAGAGCAAAUAGGCAGAUGAAGAGCUCGAAUCCUCCUACCAGCAUUGUAUUCCUGGUACAACAGAGGCUCCCUAAGAUCCUGUGUUAUCUUGUAACCAAAGAGGAUCUACCCAUAAGUUCAGAACAGUUUAGCAUAGAGUUGGGUGUUAGGAGGCCUUGCUUCUUACCGCUCUGGUUUCAGGUCAUUGUAUCACCUCGAUUUGGGUCUUUCCCUCAUUUUGGGUGGAGGAGCUCCUUUGUCUGGAGCCUCUGCUGAUGGGGCCAACGUUAGAGCUUUGAUGCAGAGAAAAAUUUAAAAUCUGCAGGUACAUACUGUCCUUCCUCCCUUUCUUUGCCAUCUUGUAGACCUGGGCCAUUUAUUGCAGAGGGGACCAGGCGUGAGAGAAGCCAGGGGUUCAAUGCAGCCCAUCUUUCUCCUGGGAAAACAGGACAGGGUUUGUGCUCCAUGAAGGUGUGUGAAGGAGGCCAUAGAGGUGGGCAGGGGUGUGCUCUUCCAGUCAUCCCUGCAGAGGCCGAUGACUGUUUUCAUGAAGGUUCCUCUUGAGUAAGGUUGUGGUGUUUCUAAUUUGUCCCAAGCACAGGGCAUAUCUAAUUUGGAGUUUCCCUAGAGUGAGUAUACCUAGAAGCAAUCUAUAUGCAAGACAAGGAUGUGCGUACCUGAGACUCCCUCAGAAAUAAGGUGAUACAGACUGGCUCUUCUCUGUUCCGUUUUUCUCUUUCUUCCUAAUAGGAUGGCGAUGUUGUAGCCCCACUCAUAACACCUCAGAAAGAUGAAUGGAACUACAGGGCUUCAGCCCAAAGUCCAGCUCGCCGCCGAGAAGCAUCCAAAAGCAGACUCCAGCUUUUUAAGGAUGACCCGGUAUAAUGUCUGCAGGCAGUUGUUUACAAAUGCCCUGCCCCACACAAUUAACUUAGGGGCUUCAGUCAUAGUAUUCUGCAAAUUUUAUGACAAUUCAUGCUUUAAUUUUGUAUUUUGAAUGUACACACAUGCUGAAGAGAAGUAAUUUUUAAUCAAAGAAAUAACAUGGUAUUAGGCAAAUCUUAUUAUAUAUGAAAAGCAUUACCUUGCCUAUUUUUAAUAUUAAUUAAAGCUUUUCUCCUU